GGUAAAGCGGCUGCUCUCUCUCUGCAUCCCUGCCUCGCCUCACGGCCUGCACGCUCUCCUGGCCGAUCCCACUCGUGCUAUCCAGCCUUUCCCUCGCCCUUUCGCGCUUACAAAACGCUUUUUCAGCUAUCGUGAACCACCUGAGCAGGCAACUGUAGCCGCAGUAAACGAUGGGGGCUUGUGUGUAGUCUCGACAUGCUUUAUUCAGAGGGAAUAUAUGAAGGAGGAGGUGGAGGAGUGUGCUGAAGAUGAGGCGACUGAAUCGGAAGAAGACCCUGAGUUUGAUGAAAGAAUUGGAUGCCUUCCCAAAGGUUCCUGAAAGCUAUGUGGAGACUUCAGCCAGUGGAGGCACAGUGUCUCUGAUAGCAUUUACAACAAUAGCUUUCCUGACUAUAAUGGAGUUCAUGGUGUACCGGGACACAUGGAUGAAAUAUGAAUAUGAAGUAGACAAGGAUUUUACUAGUAAAUUAAGGAUCAAUAUUGAUAUUACAGUUGCCAUGAGGUGUCAAUAUGUGGGGGCUGAUGUUCUGGAUUUAGCAGAAACAAUGGUUGCCUCUGCAGAUGGGUUAAUCUAUGAACCAGUACCAUUUGAGCUCACCCCACAACAAAAAGAAUUGCAAAGGAUGCUGCAACUAAUUCAGAGUAGGCUGCAGGAAGAACACUCUCUUCAAGAUGUGAUAUUCAAAAGUGCAUUUAAAAGUGCUUCUACAGCACUGCCACCACGGGAAGAUAAUUCAUUACAGUCUCCAGAUGCAUGCAGAAUUCAUGGUCAUCUCUAUGUCAAUAAAGUGGCAGGGAACUUUCACAUAACUGUGGGCAAGGCAAUACCACACCCCCGAGGCCAUGCACACUUGGCAGCCCUUGUAAGCCAUGAGUCCUAUAACUUCUCCCAUAGAAUAGAUCAUUUAUCAUUUGGAGAGCUUAUUCCAGGAAUUAUUAAUCCCUUGGAUGGAACAGAAAAAAUUGCAUCAGAUCACAAUCAGAUGUUCCAAUAUUUUAUCACAGUUGUGCCAACCAAACUCCACACAUACAAAAUUUCAGCAGAAACUCAUCAAUUUUCAGUGACAGAAAGGGAAAGAGUAAUUAACCAUGCAGCUGGCAGCCAUGGGGUGUCAGGAAUAUUCAUGAAAUAUGACAUCAGUUCACUUAUGGUGACGGUGACAGAAGAACACAUGCCUUUUUGGCAGUUCUUAGUGAGGCUCUGUGGUAUUAUUGGUGGAAUUUUUUCAACUACAGGAAUUUUACAUGGCUUCGGAAGAUUUGUAGCAGAAAUUAUUUUUUGCCGUUUCAGACUGGGCUCUUACAAAUCCACAUCGGUUCCCCUUCCUGAUGGCCACACAAGCAACCACUUACCUCUAAUUACAGACAAUAAUACACAUUAGCCUCCUGAGAAAAUUUUUUUCUUCCUGCCUGAUACAGACUUUUUUAUAAUAAAGAAAACAUUGUGCAAUAUCCUAAGACAGUGCUGAUGGGCAGCAAAAAUUGGAGCCUUUACAAAAAAAAAAAACCUCCAACAAAACAAUUUGUAUAAUUUUUUGUCUUUGAGUGCACAUGGAGACAUAGGAAACUGUGAGACCUUCUGGAGAGCAAAGGAGUGUUGCUGCCAAUACAGUAUUCAUGGUCAAGCUGAACAUCUUUGUGGUGGCUGCUCGUGACCACUGAAGCAUCCUAGUGAUGCCUGGGAAGGCUGCAGGCCCCAAGGAGAAAAGAGUGCAAGUGGGAUGUGUGGAAGGGCUGGCAGCAGCCACAGAGGGACUGUAACAGAGCUGGAGCUUCUCUUAAGUGUGCAAAUGGGGGAUUGGCUUUUCUUGGUUUUUAAUAAUGCUGGGGCUGAGGGCUGAGAUGUCUUUCAUACAGCUGGGGAGUGAUCCUAGAAAAUCCUUGUGAAGAUGGGAACAAGAGAGUAAGUAAGGUGGAGCCCAGGCUGUGAUGUUGGGCACAACCACUGCCUGUGUGCAGCCCCACCAUUCCUUAGUGGAAGAGACAAGGAGCAGAGGAGUUCCUCUGUGCUUCCACACAGCCACUGUGCCAGCAGUGAGAGUGUCACAGCUGCCAUUGGUGCAGAAGCACCCAAGGACUCUGAGAAUGUGCUCCAGCCUGGACAGCUUUUGGACUUGGAAUAAGAAGCCCUUUAAGUAAGGCAUUUGACUGUGGUCUUGCUAGAAGGCAAUACUCCCUAGUAAAAAGUCAGGAAAUCUUUGUAUGCCUCUUUUUUGGUAAAGAAACUGCUCUGAUGGAAUCCUUGUAGCUGUGCUGCUCAUGCCUGAGCCAUGGGAGCAUCCACAUGCUGGGAAUGGAGAGGGGAGAAGGGGGCAGGAAGGUGCCAGUUCAGGCUGCCUGGGAGGUCUGCUGGGCCAGGCACAGUGUGGAGCUGGCAGUAGGGCACUUCAGGGAACCUGAAUUGUAUUGCUGCAGACAGGUGAGGAGACAGGAUCUGCAGAACUAAUCCUUGCUGUUCAUUAAGGUUUUUGUAAAUUUAAUGAAGAGAGCAAUAUUGUAUUGUAAAUAGGCUACUGAGAAAGAAUGUUAUUAAUGCAAAUGGUGCUUUGAGAAAUGGAACAUCAUGUUACUGCUGAACUACUGGUGUACACCUGUGGUUGAACAGUUACUCCACCAGUGUAAAAAUUAUUAAUAUGAUCCCUUCUCAGUAAAACUGAUUUAAUAAUAUGUUAGAAGAUGAUGCUGAUCCUGGCCUUACUCACCAUGGAAUUAAUAUUUUAAUUAAGAGGACUAAUUACAGAAAAAUAAAAAUCUCAGUGGAAUUGUCA